GGGGCUUUUUCUGAAGUGGUCCUUGCGGAGGAGAAGAAAACUCAGAAGCUGGUAGCCAUAAAAUGUAUCCCAAAGAAAGCUCUAGAAGGGAAGGAAACCAGCAUCGAGAACGAGAUUGCGGUGUUGAGGAAGAUCAAACAUGCAAAUAUUGUGUCGCUGGAGGACAUCUAUGAAAGCCGCAGUCACCUUUACCUCAUAAUGCAACUGGUGUCUGGUGGGGAACUGUUUGACAGGAUUGUAGAAAAAGGCUUCUACACGGAAAAAGACGCCAGUCAGCUUAUUAAACAGAUCCUGGAUGCUGUGAAGUAUCUGCACGACAUGGGGAUUGUACACCGGGAUCUGAAGCCAGAGAAUUUGUUGUACUACAGUCUGGAUGAAGAUUCCAAAAUCAUGAUCAGCGAUUUUGGCCUCUCCAAGAUAGAGGGAUCUGGAAGUGUCAUGUCCACGGCCUGUGGGACACCUGGAUAUGUAGCUCCCGAGGUUUUAGCUCAGAAGCCGUACAGUAAAGCGGUGGAUUGCUGGUCGAUUGGCGUCAUAGAUACAUCCUGACUAUGCGGUUACCCCCCUUUCUAUGAUGAAAAUGAUGCCAAACUCUUUGAACAGAUUUUGAAAGCAGAAUACGAGUUUGAUUCUCCAUACUGGGAUGACAUUUCUGACUCGGCCAAAGACUUUAUCCAGCAUUUAAUGGAGAAGGAUCCGAACAAGCGCUACACAUGUGACCAAGCCCUGCAACAUCCAUGGAUUGCUGGGGAUACGGCUCUGGAUAAGAAUAUUCAUGAAUCUGUCAGCGAACAGAUCAGAAAGAAUUUUGCCAAAAGUCGGUGGAAGCAAGCAUUUAAUGCCACCGCCGUAGUUCGUCACAUGCGCAAACUGCAACUGGUACCAGCCAGGAGGGGCCAGGGCAGACCACACCCACCAGCCCAUGUCACGGUAAUCUACUGGUGCCUGGAGACAACCACGGGUCCCAUUCAGACAACUGUCAAGACUGCUGUUCCCAAAAAUCUCCCGAGAACAACUCUCUGACAUACACCACCCAUCACUGCCCCCAAUCCAACCGGGUCUAG